UAGCGCCAAAACGGCAUGUAAAGUCGUGUUUUUGCUUCAUGAAGCAGCAUUUUCCAAUUUAUUUGUUCAGAAGUUAUGUCAGCAGAUCAUUUGCUAGUCUAAAUAAAAUGUUCACAUCGCAAAAAAGAGGAGCUCUAAUUGUUUUGGAAGGAUGCGACCGAGCUGGCAAAACGACACAAUGUAAGAGGAUAGUGGAAUCCUUGACUAAUUCCGGUCAUAAACUCAAGUUCAUGAACUUCCCGGAUAGAUCGACUCAGUGUGGAGCCUUGAUCAACUCCUAUCUAACCAACAAAGAUAAUUUCACUGAUGAAGGAAUACAUCUGCUCUUCACUCUCAACCGAUGGGAAGCUAAAAUAGAAAUGGAACGUUUGCUUCAAAGUGGAAUUUCUCUGGUCGUCGAUCGGUACUCGUAUUCCGGCGUGGCAUUCAGCUCUGCUAAAGGUUUGGAUAUGGAGUGGUGCAAAAGUCCGGAAAGUGGCCUUCUCAAGCCAGACCUCGUUCUGUUGCUUACGCUAACGGCGGAAGCGAUGUCCAAACGGGGUGGAUUUGGUGAGGAACGGUAUGAAGUUCCCGAAUUGCAGAAAAAAGUAAUGGAGAAGUUUCUUGCUCUAAAAGACGACCGUUACUGGAAGGUGGUCGACGCUGACAAAAGUCAAGAUGCACUAACUGUGGAACUUUGCGAGUUGGUACUGGAUUCGAUAGAAUCAUGCGGCCAUAAGCCUUUGGGGAAACUAUGGUGAUAGCAUGAUAAUUACAGCAUUUUAUUCUGUACCUAAAUGUAUUUAACAUAGUAGAUUCUUUCUUGGUAAAAAAAAAA